CUCAGAAGGAAAAUAGUGGAAAAGCGGCGACAUACUGAUACUUAAUUAUUACUUGAAUUCCUAUCUCAAAGAAAUAACGGUUACGGCGACAUCAUAAUUGUAUUUGAAACACGAAACUAAGUUUUGAAAUUACUACCAAGCACUCCGGGAACAAGAACAGCAUUCCACGCAGCCAACCGGAGACGAGCCGGGAACACAGGCAGAUUUACCCGCCCAAUAGAACCAAAAACUACGUCGUACUACGUGGCAGGAAAGAACACUGUGGUUAUUUUUUCAACAUAACAGCGACAACUCACUCUACAUUCUUUCCAACAUAACAACGGGCGGCAACAUCAUCUUCAGCAUCACAUUGGUGUCGACACGACGUGGAGCGCGCAGAAUGCCGCCACGUCGCAAAAACAAAGAGAAUCGACCGGAAAUCGAGCCGGUCUGGAAUGGUGAGACGUUUUGCCUUGGAAGUAACUACCUGCCUACGGCAGGUAGUCUCUUCAAAGACGCAAGCAAUGACGGCUGCUAUACGCAGAAGAAGGGCGGCGAAUUCUUACCGAGUGCAAAUGCGUAGUCUGGGUCUGGAAGGUGCAAGAUUUAACAUGCUUGCUGCGCAAAAGUAGAGUAAACGCGUCUGCUUUGCGUGAUAGAUCCAGCGCCACAUGUUUGGCGCACAGGCUUGCGGCUUAUCUAUCAUCUGGCUUAGCAGAAUGCGUGGCCAUUAACAGCAUGAAGAAUGUACGUCAGAGAUGACGACGCAGACUACUGUUUGCAGUUCAUAAAGAAUGUACGUCAGAGAAAUCAUCGACAAGAACGGGCUGUACGGGACAGACGACACUCGUCAAGCGCUGACGGUAUGAAAUUCAAAGAUGUAGUCUGGGUCUGAAAAGAUGCAAAGAAACCUCUUGUGAUGCUGAUUUUGGAACAGAAAAAAAUCUGUGUUGCGUAGUCAGCAAAUAAAAACGCCCUGUGAAGAUGUUUGUCUACAAGACAGGGCAACAUUUCAUUCACAGGCUGGGCAUGGAGAGAUCUAUUUCGCAGACUUUGUCAUGCGCCGCGUGCAUUAUAAACAGAUCUUGUUCUCACAGGAGAUGCAAGAAAAGACGCAUGAUAGAAAACUUCUGCAGCCUUCCAGACCCAGAUCGAUCUUUGCAAUGGACAACCUGUCGAGCUGUACAAGAAGUGGAUUAAGACGGCCGGUAUGAAGCUGGAGCGCGGAAAGAACCAUGGCGGCGAGCCGCCGCCUGCAGCGGGAGACGUAUUCCACAUCCCGCCGCCGCCGGCUGUCCUCGGGAAGUGCAUCUCCCCCCUGAAGUACCGCCGGUAUGCGUUGGAGAUCGGUGCAGAGCCCGAUGUCGAGUGGAAGCCGGGCGUCGACACGCCGAUCAUGGAAGCGUUCCUGGGCCUGGGACAGCCUGGCACCAGCGCGGCUCCGACGAUGGAAAACAGUGACAAGGACGUCCCGGCGUCGUCGACUCCCUCCGGCACCGUAGGUGGUGUUGCCCCCUCCUCUUCAUCAUCGCCAUUUGCCGCAAGCGCCACGCUGGAUAGCAACGCAGCAAAGCUUGGCGCCCAAAACGUACCAAGUGCAAAUAGGUCUGGAUCCACAAGGAGGCAGAAACAUCUCAUGCUGGUUGUGCAUCUGGAAAAACAAAAAGGAGACAAAAAUCAAUAAAGUCUUUUGAUUUUUGUCUCUUCGAGAACCCGCAUUACAGGUUUGUAUCCUUCCAGACCCAGACGUAUUUGUAAUGCAUAGAAGAGCCUUCCGUACGAUGGCCUGGCAUCACAGGGGUCGUCGUCGUCGAGCAAAAAAAAUUGUGUAAAAAAGAACACGGAAAAGCAGGGCGGCAGCAAGGACAGUAGGAAGAAGCAGGGCAGCAGCAAACACAAAAACGAAAACAAGAAGCGCACUAGCCCACUCCUAUGAGAGUGCACAACCCUGCCUCCCCUCCUCGGUCAUGCAAAAACGCGAAAUCCUAUCUGUGGUUUUGUCAUGCAGAGCGUGCGUUUUACUUUUACACUACACUCCGGGUGUGGAUCAUUUCUCAUGCAGAAGAUACGUUUUUGCGGUGAUUUCUGUUGCUAGAAAUCAACUCCAAAUGAGAAAGAGGUGGAGUUGUGCACUCCCAUAGCACGACAACCUCCAUGACACGAGCUACGAAGAUGGUUCAUCUCGAAAUCAGGACGAGACCCUCUUCCAGCAAAAACUCCUCUUCCAGCAACCGAAAAAACUCCUCUUCCAGCAAAAACUUAGCAGCUCCUCAUCGUCUUCACUAAUCGCGGGCACCACCGCGUCAACGGCGAAAAAAAACAACAAACAGGCUCACGAAGAAUCGAGCUGGAUGGGCGACCAGGGCAUUAGUGCUGGGAAUUAUUCCGACGACGGCUUCAUAUGAAUUGCAAAGAUGCCUUGGUCUGGAGAGAUGCAGUGCUUGUCAUGUUUGACUGACGAGGAUGAGAAGACAUUCCUCAACAUGCCGACAGUGACACAGCGGCACUUGAUUGUCAUGCAAAAUCGCAACUUGUGAUGCGGUUCCCGUAAGACAAAAAUAAGUACUCCCUCAAAAAGUUGUUAUGCGUUGGCUGGUCAACGUCAACAUACUGGAGGUUGUUGACCAGCAUCCACACGUCUGCAUGACAAAAAUCCAGAUCCAGGAGUAUUUGCACUUCAUAAGACAGCGACAAGGACAACAAGGACAACGACAUCUUUGACGAGGAUUUUCUCGACGAUGAUCUGCUCGACUUGGAACUGUAUUGAAAGGAAAAAUUCCCCAUCCCCUUACUGAAAAGCUAUGUUUUGGAGAUUUGUGAUGCUGAUUUGUGGCCACAAAUCGUGUCUGUCUUGCAAAAAGGCGACUUCGCAUGCUCCGUCGCAUUGUGCAGACGGUUUGUCAUGCUGUUGGGCCUACAGCGCCGACGUUUUUGCUGCUACGCGCCCAAGCCAAAAUAUUUCUACUCGCUCUUAGUAUGGGCCUGCAGUCCUCUCCAGCAAGACAGAUCUGAUUUGUGUAGUACGCAGAUCCAGCAUCAGAAACUUCAUUUUGAUGUGGGAAGGGGGGGCUUUUCCUUUUGAUAAGUACGCAGCUCUACCAAAUAGCAACGCGCUGACCAGGCUGGGCAAAUCUUCAAACCAAAGAUCAACCACUUCUUCUUUCCCGACUACCACUUCAUCCUCGAACGAAAGAUCAGCCACUUCGUCGUCGAAAAGCACGACGCUACUUGACGCGUCGAAAAGCGCGGCCGCUUCGUCGUCGAAAAGCACAGGGCUAUUCAACAAGCGCAGCAUAGGGCAGAAUCCCGCUGACCAGGAAGAACACUCCGACGAGUAUGAAGACAGCAAUUGGAGUGACGACGACGUGCCGCGCAUCACCGGGCAGGAACGGAGGCGGCAAGUGCUGGAAGGAAAAAUAGCGAGCACCCGAGGGUGGGGAAAGAAAAAAGGACUAACCUCACAAGACCUAAUCGAAGUCGGGAAUAGAGUGGUUUUAUGGCGUGCUCAGGUGUCGCAGUCUGAUUUGUUACAAAUGGAGCAACGCCUUAUCAUGCGGCAGAUACUGAAAUGCGCCUCCAUUUGUCAAACCUGCUACUGCAACACCUGAACAGGGGAUAGCGAAGCCGAGUAAAGUCCGAACAGGGGAAGGACAGUGCGGGGAAUAAGUCUCUUCGCCUACGCGAUCUGGCUUUGAAGAAAACCUCCAACCGUAUGGCCUCUUCACAUGUUGCAUUCUCGCUUGCUACAUACAACUUUAGCGCGGUUGUCAUGCAAAAGCUGUGGCGUGCUCACGGAUUCGGAUACAUAUACUACAAUCUGCGACAUAUUAAGGGAAACUUCCAAUAGGGUCGUAUGUGCGCUUCGUCGGUCGCAUGGCAAAUUUUGUCAUGCGACCGACGAAGCGCGCAUAAUUUUGCUCUUGCUGGUUUGUCAUGACAAGCGUUUUAUGAUCGGUAGCAGUAUGGCAUGCAGUAGCUGAAGGGGUCAUAAAUAUUUUGAAACACCUGCUCAACCGAAGAAUCCAACCCGGAAUUUUGCGCCAGCAGAAAAUAUGCAUUGCAAAUACGUUUGCGUCUGGAUGGUUGACGAAAGCUUGUCAUGCAAACUGGACACGACUCGACAUGUCUGUGAUGCUUACUCAUGCGAAUCCUGCAUGAGAAAUGCCUUCUCAGGGUGGCAAAAAGCUAAGCGCCUCUUGCUGCUCAUGCAAAACGGGACGCUGCAUGAUUAAAGAGUUAGCAUCACGAAUCAUUCUCUCCAGACCCAGACAUAUUUGCCCUGCAUACAAGAUAUCCACCACAACCGAAAACUGCGCUCACAGUAAUUGCAAUAUUGUGCUGACGCAUUAUCAAUCUCGCUAGUCAGGUAGAUGUAUAUCAGGUUUACAGGCCCCUCUUGUUCUUCUGAGAAAGUAACUACCUAUAUUGCAAUUUGCACUCCAUGCGCUACUUUUUCUAUUCAUACAACAGUACUAGCAAGGUCGGCCUGAUCGUCGGUGUAUAUCACGAUAUGCAUUGCAAAAAUGUCUGGGUCUGGAAAAGUGGAACUUGUGCUGCAUGUGUUGCAUCUCUGAGAAGUCUGUAUUGCACAGCCAGCUAGAAGAAGAAAGGCACUACUUUUUAGUCCUGCGAAAACGCAGUUUGUCAUGCGUGCGACGCUUGACACGGCGUCAAGUAUAUUUGUCAUGCGUGGUUGCACUUGAGAGCGCCAGUCUUAUCCAAACUUUAGCAUCACAACUUUCCAGACCCAGACAUAUUUGCAUUUGGUACGCGAGGAGUUCAAACGACUGAAUAAAACGAAGGACGAAAUCGAACAAGACGAUCCCAAGUGCACGAGCAUCCCCAAACCCUGGCAAACGGAAUGGAAGCGCGUGCAUGCCAAAAUGCAAGGACCAAGGAGCGCCAACACCAUACCGGACCAAACCACUCGGGCCUACUUUCUCGGUGUCUUUGUAUGAAAGUGCCAGGGCUGAAAUUGAAAAAGCUGUUUGAGAGAAUUUGCCAUCCAUGAAAUGGCCACAAGCCGGAACCAGAUCAGAAGAGUGCUGCAUCCUUUGGCAGCAUCGAGUUCCAAUUUUGCACCCUGCUGCUUUUGCACAGAAAACUGGUUUUGUCAUGCUGCUUUACAAGCUUUAUCUCAAACCCCAAACAGCUACGCAGCUUUCUUCUGCUGCCAUCACUCCCAGAGAGUCGCUUCUGUGCAUUAAAAAUUUUUUUAGCUUUUUCGAUUUCGGGCUUGGCGCUUCCAUAGUUCGGCCUCGGGGGUUGA